AUGAUUGAGGAUGGCCUGGCUCAGAGGCGCCCGGAAGCGUCAAAGUAUACCAAACCGUACCCGCCAGAAAUUGACCGAACCCCUCUUCCCCGAAACUAUCGGUUGCCAGAAUUCAUUCUAUUCUCCGGGAAUAGGCAGACCUCCUCCAUUGAACACAUAGGCCGCUUCACGGCCCAGUGCAGAAAGGCCAAUUCGGACGCCCAGAGGCUCCGUUUAUUCGUUCACUCUCUGACCGGCACGGCGUUCUCAUGGUUCAUAAACCUUCCACCGAAUUCGGUGAGGGAUUGGUCUGACAUGGAAAGGAUAUUCCACGAACAUUUCUAUCAGACCAACCGAGAAAUAACGGUUGCCGAGCUGGCAAGGAUGAGCCAAGCGUCAGAUGAAUCACCUCGCGACUACCUGCAGUGGUUCAAAACAUGCAGGAACUGGUGCCGCAUGAACCUACCGGAGAGGGAAUUUGUCAAGAAUGCCGAAGAAGGGUUGGAAUUCGAAUAUCGAAAGAAAUUCCAGGGAAUUGAAUUUCAGGACAUGCACGAUUUGAUCAACAAGGUGGACCGAUACACAUCCUUGUUGAAAGAAGAGGUGCAAAAGAGGACGGCUUCAAAAGGGACAUAA